AUGAAGAGCCAAUUAGUGGCGAUUCGAUAUCAUGAUAAAGAGCAAAGGAGAGCGAUACGGCGAUCAUCUCGAGUUAUCUCAGGAGUCUCCAAAAUUAUCAGAAUAAUGGUUGCUCUAUCAGUAGGAGUACUCUGUUUUGUGUUCAAAGAAUCGAGAUUGCACCGACUUCAAAGAAGAACCCUGAAAGACGACUACAAUUAUGAAUCUGUUGGAUACUACGAGUAUGGAUACGUGAGUAACACUAAUUUGCAGAAGAUACAAACAACAAGUGUUCCAUUAUUGCUAACAAGGAGAAUCGAAAAUGGAGAAUUUUCUAUCGCUCAUCAAAACAAGCUUGAAUUCGUUCCUGAAACUCAAGAGACGACGACCACAUCUCCUGUUGCAAACAAUUCUUCGCCGCUGACAGUAACGACAAGUCCGGAAAUGAACGGGCUUGCUAUUCCCGAAGAAAUGAAAAAGAAGCUCUCAGAAUUCUACAAAAUCGGGGGCAAUCGACGACGCCAAGUCGCUCAUGGAACCGAGAUCCCGAAGAAGCGCUUUCCUCAAGUCAUCAUUGUCGGGGCGAAGAAGUGCGGCACAAGCGCGCUCAAGAUUUUUAUGAACUACCAUCCAAAGUUGAGAGACACGCCUGGCGAGAAGCAUUUCUUCAACCGGCCGACAAACUGGAAGAUGGGAUUCGAUUGGUAUUUGAAUCAGAUGCCCUACUCUUACUCCGACGAAGUUACGUACGAAAAGACCCCGGACUACUUCGACCGGCCUUUUGUUCCAGAAAGAAUGGCGCAGAUGAACGACAGCGUUAAAAUCAUCUCGAUCAUGUGCGAUCCCGUGCAUCGCGCGUAUAGCCACUUUCUCCAUGCUGGAGUGGUCCAGAAAACGAAGGAGAAGGGAGAACUGUCAAUGCCUGGCUGCUCAGAAGAAAUCCGCCAUCACGUGAAAGAUUACUAUUCUCGCUGGGAUGCUCCUCUUUCAGAACGAGUUUAUCCUCUAAGAAUUCCCGAUGUUUUACUUACUGGAGGCCUGUAUCCUCUUCAUAUCGCGCAAUACGCCAGGUAUUUAAAACUUGAGAACAUGUUGUUUUUAGACGCGUCGGAAUUGACCGAGAAUCCAGGCAAAGUGAUGCGCAAAGUGGCCAAAUUCACUGGCGUGGAGGAACUGAUUACCGAGGAGAACUUUUACUUUGACGAAGAAAAGGGAUUCUAUUGCAUGCGUCCACCGAGAGAGGUGUCCGAGCGGGGCGACUUCUGUUUGGCAGGCGAUAAGGGCCGCUCAAAAAAUCAUACAGUAGAUGACAAGACAAAGGAGCUCGUGAGGAAGUUCUACGCGCCGUUUAACCAAGAACUCACCGAGAAAUACACACAUCAAAAUAACGACCAUUGGAAGUGGUGA